AUGAUGUCUGAAAUCAAGCAAGAUAUGGGACACAUGAGGCAAGAAUGGAAGCAAGACAUAAGGCAUGAAGUUUCAGCUGUGAGACAAGAGGUCUCAAACUACAGGCAAGAGUCCAAUUCCUCAAUUCGCAAUCUGGAAACUCAGCUAGCCCAAGUUACAAAAUUAUUGGCGGAGAGUACCCGGGGAGCACUUCCUAGUGCCACAGAAAAUAAUCCUCGGGAGAGAGUUCAAGUUAUUACCUUGAGAAGUGACAAAGAACAUCCAGAUCCUAUAUCGCAGAAGGGUUCCACUUCAAAAAGCCCAAUUGAGGAUGCGAAUCUAAAGGACCAUGAUGAGAAUGGAACUGAACAGAACAUCGGGACAAUCCUGUCCACUAAUCAAAAUGCUAAGAAAGCCUUAGAAAAAGGCAAAGAAAAAAUUGAUGUUCCAGUCUACAGGCCACCAUUCCCCUAUCCAGGGAGGGUAAAGAAAGACGUGGAUAAAAUGCAAUAUGAAUUGGGAGAAUCAACCAUUGUGGUACUUGGUGAGGAAUGUUCAGCGAUCCUGCACAAGGACAUACCUCAAAAGCUGAAAGAUCCUGGGAGUUUUACAAUUCCUUGCCAAAUAGGUGAAACUGAUUUUCUUAAGGCUUUAGCUGAUUUAGGUGCAAGUAUAAAUCUCAUGCCCUUUGAUAUUUUUAAGAAAUUAGAUUUGGGAACUCUUAAACCAACACGUAUUUGUAUUCAGUUAGCUGAUCGUUCAAUCAAACAUCCCAAGGGGGUGAUUGAAGACGUGUUGGUUAGAGUUGACAAAUUUAUUUUUCCUAUGGAUUUUGCCAUAUUAGACAUGGAUCCUGACAUUGAGGUGCCACUAAUCCUUGGUAAACCAUUUUUUGCAACUGCAAGGGCACUCAUUGAUGUUGGAAGUGGGAAGCUAGUCAUUCAUGCUGGUGACGAGUGUGCUAGUUUUGACGUGUCUAAGUUGACUAAAUACCCCUGCCUACUGAUGAUUCUUGUUAUUUUGUGGAUAUCUUGCUUGAGCAUAUUGAGUCUAUAG